AUGUCUCCCAGACGUGAGAGGUCGGCCGAAACAUGGUCCGGUUCUGGAGCCGCGGCUGCCUUCAUGGUCUGGAUUGCGGUGAUCUCAGCAGGUAGAAUCCGUGGUGAUAUUUCUCCAGUGGGAUUAACGGGAUUUGAUACGGGUGUUGACAAACGAAAGAAAUUGAUGCGCGAGUUCCGUUUUCGUUUAGUAAUGUUGCCAGUGGAAUACGGUAGGCGAGGUCCCUGCGGUCCUUCUUUAGACUUCUCUUUGAUUGUACUGCUUCUAAGAAUUUCGAUUGCCUAUACUUUCGAGGAUUUCCUUGCAAAGCUGAUCUGCAACUGGUAUUGGCUACCAGUCGCUCGAGAUGUGUUGCAAUCGGAUCCAGCCUCAUGCUCUUCUCCUCUCUAG